CGAGACUUGAGGAGUGGCCCUUCCUGAGCUUGCAGCCCCGCAGAGCGCGGCCUCCGCUGCAGUCGGCACCCCUGCCCCCGGGGGGCCAUGGGCCGCAUCUCGGGGCUCGUGCCCUCUCGCUUCCUGACGCUCCUGGCGCAUCUGGUGGUCGUCAUCACCUUGUUCUGGUCCCGGGACAGCAACAUCCAGGCCUGCCUGCCUCUCACGUUCACCCAGGAGGAGUAUGAGAAGCAGGACAUUCAGCUGGUGGUAGCGCUCUCCGUCACCCUGGGCCUCUUUGCUGUGGAGCUGGCGGGUUUCUUCUCCGGAGUUUCCAUGUUCAACAGCACUCAGAGCCUCAUCUCCAUUGGGGCUCACUGUAGUGCAUCUGUGGCCCUGUCCUUUUUCAUAUUCGAGCGUUGGGAGUGCACCACGUACUGGUACAUUUUUGUCUUCUGCAGUGCCCUCCCAGCUAUCACUGAAAUGGCAUUAUUCGUCAGCGUCUUUGGGCUGAAAAAGAAACCUUUCUGAUACCUUCAUGACGGGAGCAUAGGAUUGAAGGUUGGAGGAUCAAGGGACCACUCACCAUUCGCGGAACAAGAAAGGCCGUCUUCAGUCCUCCGCCUUACUGCAUUUGGUGGAGGAUGUCAGUGUUCCUGUUAGGGUAAUUAUCACUCGAGUCUGGGAUGAUCAGCGUUUUAUUUAGUACUUUGUGAUAAAAUAUAUUUUAGAGUAAGAUCAAGACUUACA